AACUCGAGUUGUGAGGCAUGCACUUGCAAAACUUUAGCAAGGUUUGCUAGCUAAUUGGUUUCAUCCGUCUCCCUGACAAAUCACAACGUCAGUGUGGGCUAGCUGUGUACAGUAUCGUUACUUUGCUAAUUUCUUUCGGCUAAAACUUGAAAUGAAAGCGGGAGUGGUACAUUGCCGUUGCUCAAAGUGCUUCUCGGUGCCAGCGAGGAGGCGAGUAAGAAAGCGCCCCCCCUUCCUCACCCUGCUGUCCCUGCCCGAAGAGGUUCUCCUGUGUGUGCUCCAGUGUCUGUCUGCUGAGGACCUGCUGUCUGUCAGAGCUGUACAUUCCAGACUCCGUGACAUCAUCGACAGCCACUCCAGCAUCUGGGCCAGGGUCAGCUUUAAGGACAGUUGGCCGGCCCCUCAGAGCGUCUGGCUCUUUGAGAGAGCGGCGGAAAAAGGGAACUUCGAGGCGGCUGUGAAACUGGGUAUCGCGUACUUGUACAACGAAGGACCGUCGCUGAGUGACGAGGGUCGCGCGGAGUUGUGCGGCAGGAAGGCCGCCUGGUUCUUCGGCCUGGCGGAGAGCCUCCGGCCCUCGGGGGCCGAUCCCUUCGUCUGGGUCUUCAUCCGGCCGCCGUGGUCCCCCUCCGGGAGCUGCUGCAAGGCCGUGGUGUUCGACCGGCUCAAGGCCGAGUGCGACGCCCACGCGGAGAAGAAGGGUUAUUUGCUGCACUCUUUGGCCAGAGUUCUUCAGCUCUUCGAUGAGGAGGAGAAGCGCAGUGAGGCCCUGUCCAUGCUGGAGGAGUCGUCCCGUCACGGCUGCCUGCAGAGCUGCUUCCUGCUGUGGGAGCAUCGGCGCGUAGCGGCGGUGGCGGAUCCAGGCAGGUACCUCCAGUGUCUGCGAACGCUCAGGGACUACGCGGCCAAGGGCUGCUGGGAGGCGCAGCUGGCGCUGGCCAGGUUGUGCUGCAGUGGGAACCCUUUGGGUCUGGAACAGCGCACCUGCGCUGACCUGGUGACCCAGGUGUUCCGCUCCUGCCCCGCCCCCCGCCGCCGCGCCGAGGACCUGCUCCGCCGGGGCAUUAACGACACCAUGAGGUAUAUCCUGGUGGAUUGGCUGGUGGAGGUGACCACCAUGAAGGACUUCUGCAGCCGGGCUCUGCACGUGACGGUCAGCUGCGUGGACCGCUACCUGGCCCGGCACGCCGUCCCCAAGGCUCGGCUGCAGCUGCUGGGCAUCGCCUGCAUGGUGGUCUGCACCCGGUACGUCAGCAAGGAGAUCCUGACCAUCCGGGAGGCCGUCUGGCUCACGGACAACACCUACAAGUACGAGGACCUGGUCCGCAUGAUGGGAGAGGUCAUCUCUGUGCUGGACGGCAGGAUCCGGACUCCCACAGUUCUGGACUACGGGGAGGUGCUUUUGGCGCUGUGUCCUCUGGAGAGGCGCAGCUCGCACCUGCUCAGCUACAUCUGCGAGCUCUCCCUGCUCUACACCUCCCUGACCCUGCCGUCCCCCGCCCGGCUCGCCAGCGCCGCCCUGCUGCUCACACGUGCCCUGCACCACCACGCUCCCGUUUGGCCAGCCUCGUUGGCAGAGCACACCAGCUUCUGCAAGGAGGAGCUGGUCCCCUGUGCCAUCGAGCUGUACACAAAGUGCUUCAGUGAAGACGUGCCCAAAGACUACAGGCAGGUGUCCCUGACUGGGGUGAAGCAGAGGUUUGAGGAUGAAGCCUAUCAGCAUAUCAGCAAGGAGAAGGUGAUGGGCUUUGGGGAGCUGUGUAACGUCCUGGGCGUGCCUGAGGUGGAGCAGUGGUCGUCCGGCCCGGAUUCUGGCUCCCCAGCUGCCCAAACCGCCGACAUGCACACCUUCCUCUCCUCCCCCACCGGAAACAAGAGGCGGCGAGAGGACAGCAUGGAGACGCACAGAGGCAGCUUCUUGGCCACGCCCACGGCCGAGCUGUCCAACCCGGAGGAGACGCUGCUCGGGGACAUCCUGGACUGGAGCCUGGACGCGUGCUGCUCAGGGUACGAGGGGGACCAGGAGAGCGAGGGGGAGAAGGACGCAGACGCAUCCUUCAGCGCUGUGGUGCUCAUGGAGCUGAAGGGGGCGCCAGAGGACGGCCGACGGCACUGCCGCGCCCUGUCCAGCGACGAGGAGAGCCUCUGCGAGCGGGAGGCGGAGGAGGAGGACGGCGACGGCGGCGAAGAGGAAGGCAGGAGCUGCUCCCGGUUGCGGGUGGGAGCGGGGGAGGCGUCGCCACGGACGCAGGGAGAAGAGCCCCUCCUCCACUCCUUCAGCACGGACCUCCACAGCUCGGGGUACUCCUCCGUGCAGAGCGCCAGCUCGCCCCCCUCCCAAGGCCCCUGCCCCCUCGCUGCCCUGAGCCCGCCCCCCCCGGGGGCCCUCGUCCCGACCUCGCCGCGCCCCCGCCCCUCCCCCUCGGAGCCGUCCCAGAAGCCCCGGGCCUGCGGCCGGGGGCAGGUGAAGAGGAAGAACGCCGCGGCGCACAGCGGGGGGGAGGCCGGGGAGGAAGAGGAUGGGGUCGGCAUCGGCUUCCUCGUCCUGUAGAGCGCUGACCAAAAACCCCCUGCUCUCCCCUCUGGGGCUCCGCGCACCCCUCUCCUUGUACCCGGGCGUUUUGAGGUGCCCGUUUCUCAGCCCGAGAGGAAGGAUCGGAUGUGGGUGCCAAGCAACGCUCGAUUAUCCGCACUGAGCUUUUAAAAAAAUAAAAAAAAUAUUCAAAGUAGAGGGAGGUGAUACUUGAAAUCUGCGAUGUUGUUCCUAUUGACACUUGUUGUCUCUGCUCAUUUCAGAUCCACUACUUGACACUGAUCAAGACAUCCCAGAAUUCCACAGUAUUUAAUGAAAAAAAAAAAAUCCCAAUUGUUGGAUUUUUGUUACGGAAACCACUAGUUCUGUGUGUGUAUGUGUGCAUGUGCAACAUCGCGUUUAUCUUUUUAAAAUUUUUUUGUUUUUUUUUACACUUUUGCAACUGCCUAAUAACUCAGGUGCUCAUCAACAUCCAAACUGAAAUCUCUACAACUGCCUUUGAUCUGUAUUUAUACAGUGUGACAUUUUCCUGAUGUUACCAAAUACUGCAAUAUUUUGAUUGUAUUUUCAGCCUCCGGUGGCCUACCCCUCCUUUCAACCAAGGGUUUCAUUCAUGAAGGAUGGAACGGCCAGUGUUACUGAUGUCUGAACUCAGUAGGUGCUGAACAAUGAUGUACACUCCAUGUACAAGUCAUUUUUACAUCCAUUUCUUUGCCUAGGUUUGUGUGAAUUGUCUUUGAUUUCUCGCUGUCAUUCACCAUCUUGGUUAAUAGAAGCCGAGUGGGGGGGGGGCAGAUUGUGAAGAGCAGAUGAUCAGUUUAGUCUACAGAAACACAUCUACCUGUAAUUUAUGUGCAUGUAAUGCACAUACACGCUUUCUUCGAUUUGCUGGGUCUCUUGACUGUUGAACAAAAGGAGACAAAAUCGCGCAGGUUUGUAUACCGUAGAACAGGUAUUCAGUUGCCAUUCAGCGUCUCGCCAACGCACUCAAACUGUUUGUGCGCCGCUUGUUAAAACCGCCACGACCGCCGACGUACGGAAGCUUGGACAAACUGACCGCUACCAUAGCGACGACUGUGACUACAGCCGGCGGCUGGUGACCACGCCCCCGAUGUAACACGCGGAGAUGUCUGGUGCUGUCUGUGGCACUUUUCAGUUUGGAAGUUCAGUUCAAACCGUGUUUGAGGCUAGAGUUUGUAUUGCAACAUUUGCUGUGCUAGAACAAUCAGCUACUCUUGUCGAGUACGCGGUGAGGUUAUAGGUGUUGCGCGUCCUUUCUGGAGGGAGUUUGAAAGGAAUUUGUAACACUAAACGGCAUUAAAUGAUUCAUUUUUCAGAGAUUCAAAGUACUGUACACCUGCCAAUGUGGUCUCUGCAACGUUUGGGACAGGGGAGAUGACCCUUAUCCUCAAACUGUUGUAAUUGUAAAUGGUUGUGAAUAGUUUUCUUUUGUGACUGUUUUGUACCUGAUUUGUGUGUAAAUAUGUAAAUGUGAGAAAGCUGUGACUAGCUGCUUUUACUUGAAACAGAAAAACUUUUUUUUUCAUUCCGAAAAAAAAGAAAGAACUGCCACAGUGUACCUGAAGGUGGCGCUCUUGCUUCCUUCAGUGCUGUCUUUCUGGUCCCUUGCCCCACCCCAAAGUCUUACCUGUGUGUGAAUUUAUUUUUAUGAAAUGCUUCCCUCCAAUAAUAAACUUACUUGAAGGGAUUAUUUAAGAAUUAUAAUGCCUUGACUAAACGGUGAAAAGAAAGUUUAUUCCUUGAAUCUCUGGCUGCGCUUGCGAUGUGAGCUGAACCUAAUGCUAUGUUGUGUGUCUUUGUUUUUUUUAUUGUACUGUGGAACUGUACAUGCAAAUGAAAUGCAAACAUCCUGACGUUGUGGUCCUUUCAGUAAUCCGGGUAACAAUCUGAACAAGAAGCCACUUGUUUUUUUAAAACAAAUUGCCAAUAAAUGUG